AUGGACAUUGUCAACGACAACCCCAAACUCGACCACGAUGCCGCUGCCGCCGACAACAGCAAUAACAACGACGACGACGACCCCAUCACCGCCAGCUACCAAGUCUUCCUCAACCCAGCCCUCCCCCUCGGCCGCCGCCUGCUCGUCCUGCAGCACCCCAACCGCACCGACAACACGCCUCGCCCGCCCCCCACGGAGCUGCGCCUCAAGGAACACUCCGGCAUGGUGGAAAUCGACAUGCCCAUGGACAACACCACCGCGUACGAUCGCGAAAAGGGCCUUCGAUGGGGCCGCACGCUGCAAAACUCCAUGGCUGUCAAGAGUGGUGGGAGCCACGGUCUGGCGGGAGGCUUUGGUGUCGGUGCCGUGCAGCAGCGCGCCCCCAGGAAGAAGGGUGAUGUCGAAGAAGAUGAAAACCUCGAUUGGAACGACGCCGUGCGCCAGGGCAAAGUCCUCAGCACGCAGACUCUAGGCGGCCAGUAUCCCGACACCGACGAAGUCCAGUACAUGGUCGGCGUCUUCCAGGGCAAGGACCUCCAUCUCACCCCCGUCUCCAACCUCAUCCACCUCCGCCCUCAACUCCACCACCUCGACGCCGCCACCGCGCAAGAGCGCCAAUCCUCCGCCGCCGCCUCCAAGGACGGAGCCGCCCCUGCCGCCCCUACCGCCCGCGCAAUCCACAUGAGCAUCAAGACCACCGCCGACGGCGCAGACGGCGUCUCCACGGAAACAAUGGCCGACCGCCUGCGCUCCGUCCAGACCGAGCCCUGGCGCAAGAUGCGCUACACCGAUGAGAACGAGGAGACUGCCUGGGAGGUCUACAACGAGAGCUUGUUCCUCAGGCCAAGAUCUGAUCCUAACGGCGAGCAGGCUGCUCCUGCUGCCGACACGGAUAGAGACCUUGAGGAGCUCGUCCCAACGCUGGGCAACAAGUGGGACGACAAGCAGUUCCUUGAAUCCAUCAGCGGCAUCAAGAAGCCCGAUCCC